UACUGCCGCGCGGAUAUAGCGCGCAGGUUCCGAACGAAGGAUAGAGAGAGAGAGAGAGAGAGAGACAGUUGCGCGCCGCCGCCACGACCGCUUGUUGUUUUUUAGCUUUGCCUCCUAUUGUUGCUAUAUAGCUGCAGAAAGCGCGGGGGUGUGCGGGCGGACAGCGACAGUCGCGCACGCAACUCGCUCGUUCAUCAGUGCGCGUCGCAGCGUCGACGGAGCGAGACACACACGGUAACGCGGUGUAUACCUACCAACAGGCUGCAGCGCGCGAGAGAAAUAAGGCGAUGGACUUUGCCGAAGCUGCUACCGAAAAUCGAGCAGCGAGAACCUUGUUUUGGACUACUGUUGCCCACCACCACUGCGCCGUCUUAUCGUAGUGUCCGCGUGGCCACUGCUCGAUAAUGAUUCACCGCCCGCUUAUCUGAUCGCCGGAGGAUACAAAACAGGCUAGACAAGAAAGAAAGAGUGAGCGAGGGGGAGGGAGUUUUUCGUUGCUGCGCUGCCAGUCGACGACGACGACGACGACGAAGUUAUAAUGGAUGUUGGCCUGGUAAAAAUUGCCGAAGAUAAGGAUUUUGAGAAGUUGAAGAAACUGUAUGAUGACAACAAUGACUGGAGAUUGGACUACAAUAAACCAGACCUAUCAGUUUGGACCAAAACCGUCCCAGGAAUCAGUUUCAGAAUGGUCAAGAUUAGGACGAGAUUUCCAGAUGUGUUGCCUGAAACACUAUAUGACGUUUUGCAUGAUCCUGAGUACAGAAAAGUGUGGGAUACCCACAUGAUUGAUUCAAAGGAUAUAGGCUUUUUUAAUCCCAAUAAUGAUAUCGGCUAUUAUUCAAUGGCCUGUCCUUCACCUUUGAAAAAUCGAGAUUUUGUAUUACAAAGAUCAUGGCUUGAUACUGGUGUAGAACAAUUGAUUAUAAACCAUUCGGUGUAUCAUAAGGACUACCCUCCAAAGAAGAGCUUUGUAAGAGCUACUUCUUAUCUCACAGGAUAUGUUGUGCGGCCAUCAAGAAAUGGAGAAGGUUCAGAGCUUGGCUAUGUAUCACACACAGAUCCACAUGGAAAGUUGCCGGUUUGGCUAGUGAAUAAGGUCACACAAAUAUUUGCUCCAAAGAUGGUAAAAAAGUUACACAAAGCUUCAGUUGGUUAUCCUAGCUGGAAAUUACUCAAUAAUCCAAAUUAUAAACCAUGGCACUUUCCAGAGCAAAUAUUGUCACCGAGAAUUCGAUUAGAAGAUUGCGUGAAAUCAGCGGAGGAAAAGAAUCUUAAAAACAAUUAUGUUGACGAGUCUAAUUUAAAGGAGGCGCGAAGUAAAGAUAUUGAAAUCAUGGACAGCGAUUAAUCUUCCAUUCAAACAAGAUGACUGUUAAAUUUUAGAUAGACAUUAAUUUUCAAAUGAUACAGCUUGUAAAGUUCAGUAUUGUAGUACAUACCGAGUGAAGCAUGAUGUUUGUCUGGAGAUUUUAUACAAUGAUGAUGAAGUUCGAUUUAGUGAUUUUUGAGUAUCGAUCGACGUCGGCGCAAAUGUUAAAGUUAUAAUCUGUGUCCGACAAUGGAUGAUGAGAUAUACGCUGGAAGUUAUUUUAUCAGAAAGCUCGUACUUUUACGCGCAGUGUAUAGUCUUUCGAUAAACAACUGACAAUUUUCGUAGUCACGAAAAAUACCAAAGCUAAAUAAAAUAAAUAUAACGCGCAAUAUUCAGGGUAUAAAUCAUAUAUAAGUAUUUGCGUAAAGAGUAAGUAAAAAUCGUUCUUUUUGCCAAUCUCGAUUUCUACGGCGUCACGACGGAUUUUCAAAAAAGAAAAAGAAAAAACAAUUUUCUCGAAUAACAUAUACCGUUUAUAUUGUGCGUUUAUCUAUAGUCUUGUUGCUCACUGUAUCAACGAUAAUGUUGGGAAAAAAACGAGUUUUAUAGUACAUAGUUUCGAAGAUACAGUAGGCGGAUUUUACACAAUGAAUCAGGGAAUUCGUGUAAAUCUGCUUUAAAGGCUAGUUUUGUCGUCUAGUUAGGAGAAAUUUUGAAAAAGUAUUACAUUGUUGAAAUUUAGUUAAAUAAUAUUUUAGCUAGAACGUGAGAGGCUUGUUACGGGGGCUACUUUUGCAAUGAGCAAAAGGCGGUUUUGAAAUCAUCACAUUUUUAUCGGAAUUUUCUCUUUGUCAUAUAAAUACUAUAUUAUUCCAAUUUUACCUUAUACUACGUAAUGUAUUCCAAUUAUUAAUACUAAGUAAGGCAUUUGAUUAAUACUUUAAUCAAUUCAAUAUAUUAAGUAAAAUUUUUCUAUUUUACAUAAGACUUUCCUCUAUUUCUUAUCUAUACGUUUUUCUAAUUCUCGUAUACAGCAUUAUAAUUAUUCCAUGUAUCUGCAAGACUGCGACUGGCUAUAAUGACACGUUUCAAUUUCAUACUCCAGUGAUAGCUUGAGCUCUGCUUUAGGAGUGAAGUUAUUCCAUUACAAAGUUGCAACUACUUUCGUUUACUUUUCUCACACACAUAUAUAUAUACAUCGACACAAAUCCGACACUAUUUCAAAUAUUAUACAAGGUCAAUUUUUCAGACAAAUAACUAUAGCUAAGACAUUUCAACAAAUUCUGUUUCUUUUCAUUUAAUUCUCUAGACGCGUACUGAACUAUACACUAAUUGCCCAUCCCGCAAAGCGACUUUUAUAGAUUUUUAACACUGACAACAAAAUACUUUGAAAUCAAGACUUCAUUUGAGAGAUUCAAGCCGUAAUUAUUUUAGAUUAGUUUGGAAAUUCAAAGAUAUCAACCAAAGUAAGUAUAUUCAGACAUUGUUUUUCCUAUUAUCCGACGCCAUCCACUUGUACAAGAAAUAUCGAAAAAUUUUACAAACGGAUUUUAUCACGGCUUGAGUAUCUCGAUCUUGCAUAUCAAUGAACUCUUCUCGUAACAUUUUCUGAGCACCGCCACUCGGCAACAAAAAAAUAAAAUCAAUAAACAAGCAAACAGUUUUAACACUUUUUAAGACGAAAAUUAUAUUCUAUCUAUAUAGAACGACUGAAACAAGCACUAAAACUUUUUCGUUACAAUGAACUUCGAUAUACAAUAUGCUCUUUGCGUUACCACCUUAAUCUUAAAAGUACAUCGCCGCGUUUGUUUUUCAAUUAUUAUGAGCCUGGUUUUCGCAGGCCUGCUGCCACAUCGACUGUUAUUAACAUGUAAGAAAGCGUCGUUACCUUCACCGUGUACUAUAAUUGGAGGCAAAAAGGGAGUUUCGAUCGUUAACGAGAUCGCUUCUGACGAACGUUGCAUUUUGAAACGAGGCUGUGCGCGUGCUACGUAUAUACAUAAAUAUUAUUCGAAUUUUUCAUGUUAUAGCAAGAUUAUUGCGCAAAUCCAUUGUUAUAAGAAGUAUGCGAGCUUUUUACUUUACGUUAUGUAAGUACAGUUGGGUAAGCUCGAAAAAUUUUCCAUAUCUACUCUGGAAAUUUUAGUGUGACUUUUUUGUUAUUUAACGCAGGAUAUAAUUGAAAAAUAAUGAGAUGAUUACGAGUUUUAGUAUCGCCUGCUUGUUAAACAUUUUUAGUUCGGAUAAGCGGAGACAAAUUUUUUAAAUACAUACCCGCAUUAUCUUUUCGUAUACAACUUAAGCUUAUGGUUUGAAAUUUCUUGGUAGGACUUUGCCAAGCUUAUAUAACGAUUUAACAUUCUGUACAUAAAGUAUGCGAGCAUCAAAAAUUUUUCGAGCGUAUAUCCAACGAUAAAUUACAAAGAAAAAGUCUUUAAUGGCAAAGUAACUUUGUGGGUUCAUCGAGCGUACGGACAGAUUCUGCACCGGUCAUAAGGCUAAUUUUUCUACGUCGGAUUAUAUCUUUGAUAUCUAUGCACAAAACUCCAGGCGGCUCGACGACGAACGACAUAAGUGCAGUAAGUUUUUUCAUAUCAGCAACGUCACAACACGAUAUACACACACACACACACACACACACACACAUACUAUAUUAUACACCUCUAUACAAGAAAAGUACUUUCCAGUUAGACUCUUUCCGUUCGUAUCGAUGUAACAAUAAAAGAAAGGAAAUAAAUAACAAGUAUAUAAUUGUCCAGCGACUGUACAGUGAGACCUUAAUUAUAGCUGUACUUAACAAACUUUGUAGUUACUACGUCUAGUUUUUCUCUGCGAUUAUGCCAAUGUUACGAACAAAAAUUUUGGAAAUAUUUUUGUGCUUUGAAUAUACUGUAUUAUCCUAAGAUUUUGAGCAUUGUAUCAAACAGUUGAGCAUUUUGUGAUUAUAAUAAAACAUUAUAUCGUA